AUGCAACCAAUCACGUUGGUGGUCCUUGUGGCCGUUUUUAUUGGAUUCCUCGCGUUUCAUCUAUUCAAGCAGUUCAACGAGAUGAACCAUCCACGUAAAAUCCCCGGGCCUACCUUAUUGCCGUAUAUUGGACGAAUACACGAUCUUCCCAUCAACUUCAUGUGGCUAAAAUUCAAGGAAUGGGCGGAUCAGUAUAGCGGCACGAAUGGAUUCUAUUUCACUGAAAUGCUUGGGGCUAAGUUUCUAGUCGUCACGGACGAGAAGAUUGCCGAGGAACUCCUAGUCAAGCGCGCGAAAUACAAUUCUGACAGGCCAAUGGUUAGAUCUCUGUUCGAUUCAAAGAGCACGUAUGGGUCAAUGGAAUACCUCCCCCUAAUGGGAAGAAACCAAUAUUGGGCUCGGCAACGUCGGUUCACGCACUCAUAUCUAACUGAAGCGAGCAAUGCGCAAUACUACGGCGUGAUGUACCACGAGGCGAAGCGCUGGCUCGCGAGACUGAUUGAAAACCCGGAUGAUUUUGGCUUUUCAUUGGAGGACAUGGCAUCUAAGGUGAUGUGCCAAUUGACGUGGGACGAUAUCGAACUUAGUGAGUACUGCACCAAAAGUGCAUGGGGUCUUUUGACCCAGAUGUCACCUGCUGGGCCGAUCACGAACGUUUUGACACCCCUUUGGCAUUUGCCUGAGAUGAUGAACCCCUGGAAGAUUGCUGAGCACAAGCGCCACGAUGAGCAACAGGCGUGGUGGAUGGAGCGUUUGAUGACUACGCGGAACAAGAUGGCUCUGGGUGUUCAAAGACCCUGCUUUACGAGCCAGUACCUGAAUAGGGGCGAAAAGCGAUCGAGCAUUUCUGGCGAUUACGAAGCUUCUUCGGUCAUAGGUAUGAUGGCUCUGGUGGGCAUUUUUACAGUAGCCGGUCCAUUGUCAUAUUGGUUAGUAUCUAUGGUACAUCAUCCAAAAUGGCAAGCCGCUGUGCAGAAGGAAAUCGACGAAGCUUGUGAAGGGAGAUUACCAACUCUUGAUGAUUCGCCUAAACUCCCUAUCCUCCGAGCUUGCAUUAAAGAGACAAUGCGAUGGAAGCCAAACGUACCGACUGGGGUUGCACACGAGAUGGAGGCAGACGAUGAGUUUCGUGGUUAUUUCCUCCAAAAGGGAACAAGAAUCUUACCUCUCGACUGGGCAUUCCUUCGAAAUCCGGCCAAAUACCCCGACCCGGACAACUUCAGGCCUGAGCGCUGGCUAGAGCCUGGGUGGCCAACAUACGAGGAACCACUCAGCGUAUACCCAACUAUCAAGGGCAUGACUUCAUUUGGCUGGGGUCAGCGCCAGUGUCUAGGACAAACUCUCACGCAAGACGAAUUGAUAGUAGCGUGUAGUGCGCUGAGUUGGUGCUUCAACCUCAAGGCAAAGAAAGACCCUAUUACCGGGAAUGACUUACCAGUUCCCCUCGAUAAAUCGAAUUCUCUUCUAAUCAUCAAGCCCGACCCCUUUCAGAUGGCGUUUGAGCCUCGGAGUCAGGCUCGAAAGGAGGAGGCACAACGAUUAUGGGCAGAAUCAAACGCGAACUACCAGAGGGAAAAGGAGGAAUUUCUUAGAAAUGCAGAAAUGAGGAAAAGAAAGAUAGAGGUCGUAUAA